ACGCAAAAUGUCUAUCGGGGUACCCAUCAAAGUAUUAUAUGAAGCAGAGGGACAUGUAAUUACAUGUGAAACGAUGACCGGCGACACCUACCGAGGCAAACUAGUUGAAGUAGAAGAUAGUAUGAACUGUCACUUGAGUGGCGUCAGUGUGACGUAUCGUGAUGGAAAGGAAGCCACUGUAUCGGAUGUGUACAUCCAAGGAUCCAAAAUCCGAUUUCUAAUACUUCCAGACAUGGUAAAAAACGCUCCAAUGUUCAUACCUAAGAAAAAAGAUGCAACCUCUGUACCGGUAGUUGGCAAGUCAGCUGUCCUGCGUGCUCAUGCAGCUCAAGCUCAAGCUCAAGGUCGAGGAAGGGGAGGGCCGUCCCAGGGAUGGCAGGGUCGACCCAACUGGCAAGGCGGCAGGGGUGACCAAGGCGGCAGGGGUGACCAAGGCGGCAGGGGUGACCAAGGCGGCAGGGGUGACCAAGGCGGCAGGGGUGACCAAGGCGGCAGGGGUGGGCAAGGCGGCAGGGGUGGGCGAGGUGGUAGGGGUGGGCGAGGUGGUAGGGGUGGGCGAGGUGGUAGUGGUGGGCCCAGUUGUAGUGGACGAGCACGCCGCUGA